AUGGAUCUCGCAGUGACUCUGAUCAGAUCGGUGAUGCGGGCCUUUUAUCCUACACGCGAUAUUCUGGUGAUGGAUGCUCUCAUUCUCCAUGACGCUCUCCGAGACGACGACUUGGCUUAUUUGAUGGCUAUAAACACGAAAGACUUGCACAAAAUAUGCGGUAAAUUACGAGAAGACGGCUUCUUGACUGUUCAUACUAGAUUGGAGCAACGUGAGGGUAACUCUCGUUCCAGCAAUCGAACUUGGUACUAUAUCAAUUAUCGUCAUACCAUUGACGCAAUCAAGUGGCGACUAUACACCAUUAUCAAUGAACCGCAGGGCUCCCCGAUACAUGCCAAUGAGAAGAAGGAAUACUAUUGUAAUUUUUGUAAAGCUAGAUGGACGACCAUGGAGAUCUUGGAUAGUGUUGGAGCAAGUGGCUUCCUCUGCCACCGAUGUAAUCACACGCUUAUAUGUGAGGCUGAUCGCACUUCAACUGGACACGAGCAGUCAACCCGACUCAAUGACCAAUUUCAGUUUAUUAGCGAACUUCUUCCGAAAAUUGAUUCUUUACAUAUACCUGAAUAUGACUUUAAUACGGCACUAUCGAAGGCUCGUCCAGUUAUUCGCGAUGCUACUCACCAGCGUGCCGCAAUAAUCCCUAUCGACGGUGACCUAAACCGGCCGAUGGCUGUGAAGGGGCUCACCAAUACUGGUCCAAAGACUAUUACCGUGAACGUAUCAACGUCUGAUGACACGUCGGUGGCAGAACGAGAAGCCAAGAAGGCUCGCAUUACCCACCAAAAUGCCCUCCCUUCGUGGAUGUCCUACAGCACUGUGACAGGUGAAUCGUUUUCCGGCACAAGUGGUGCUGGAAUAAGCGCUGCAAAUCAAGGCAAAGUCAACAAGGCCGCAAUGCCCAACACACUUGCGGAUAUGAGCACUUCUGUCGAGAUUGAUGAUUACUUCGAAAAACUCAAAGCAGAACAAGCUGCCAUAAUGGCACAACGCUCGAUGCAGAACGACGAGGAUAAAGACUGUGUAUUAGAUGAGCAAGGCGAUAAUGAUGAUUCUGAAGAUGUACAGGCGAUAGGAAAGAACUCCAACGUAGAUGUAUCUGGGAAUAUAGUACCAAACGCAAAAGAACUUGGCGGGAUGUCUUGGGAUGACAGCUUUGACGAGAGGGCUUCGAGGAGACUUAAAAAGGCCAAGCCAGAUAUCAGAGGAGCGAAAUCCACCUCACGCGAAGGUUCAUAUGACGAUGAUGAGAUAGAAUUCGAAGACAUCUGA